AUGAGGGAACAAGAGAGAAAAUUGUCUAAUGGGAUCGAACACUGUUUGAGUAAGACUCAGGAAUAUGUUGAUAUGGAAUCUGCGAAAGCCAUUUCUAUAUUCUCCUCGAAGGUCAAUUCUAAUGGGAGGUGGCUGGCGGAGAUAUCUGGGAAGUAUGAACUGAAAGAGUCUGGGGAGUUAGAGGCGUUUAGAUUAUUGAAGGAGGAUCAUGUGAAAAUGCUAGAUCAAUUGGAAGGGAAAAUUGAAUAUUAUGAGAAACUUUUGGAUGAAUUGACAGAAUUUACAUCUGAGAUAGAGAUUAAAAGGAAGAUUGAAAAAAAUAGGAGGUCAAGGCACUUUAAUAACGUUUGA